AUGGACAAAAAAAUUACAAGGUUUGAGGAAGAAAUCAAGAGGAUUGAUGACAGGGUAAGCAAUGGAGUAUAUGAUGAAACGAUGGAGGCUAGAAGAAGAGCAUUGGUUACUUGUUGUGAGCGAUGGUAUGUAAGGAAGGAAGUACAUUGGAAACAGAUGUCUCGGUCACGGCAUGCGAAGGAGAUGGACAGAAAUACAAGGUACUUUCACAACAUAGCUUCAUCAAGAAGGCGUAAUCAUAGGAUUGAUGCUCUAGUAGUAAAUGGCAGAACGGUCAAGAACCAAGCGAGAAUCAAGAUAGCUAUCAGAGAGUUCUACAAGGAUUUAUAUCAUCAGGAAACUACUCCUAUGAUGGGUUUUAGAGAUGGUCUGGUCAGUAGGAUAGAUGAGGAAGAUGCUUUGAUGUUAGAGAUGAUGCCGUCGGCUGCGGAGAUCAGAGAGGCUGUGUGGGAUUGUGAGUCAUCUAAGGCGCUAGGGUGUGAUGGGUACAACAUGAAUUUCAUCAAAAGAUGCUGGGGAGAGAUUGGGUCUGAAUUCACAGCAGCAGUGAUGGGGUUCUUUCAGACGUCCAGACUACCGACAGACAGCAAUAUAACUUGGGUGGCGCUGGCACCCAAGUUUGUAGAUGCGAAGGAGAUCAAAGACUUAAGACCUAUUAGUAUGGUGGGGUGUGUUUACAAGGUUAUGUCGAAGGUACUAGUUAGAAGGAUGAGAUCGAUGAUGCCAGGAUUAGUAGGGGAGACUCAGAGUGCUUUUGUCAAGGGAAAGAAGAUACAUGAUGGGGAACUUAUAGCGUGUGAAACAGUAAACUGGCUGAAACAGAGGAAAAAGAAGGCAGCAAUUAUCAAGUUAGAUUUUUAG